AUGAUAGAAGUAAAUGGAGGUACUGGUAAGUAUAUAUUUUUCGGCGAUUGCUUACACCACUGAAUAAAUCACGUCACGCCACUGGGUAUAUGUAUUUCUAUCAUAUUAUAACAUUGAUAUACUUACUCGUCGUCAUCAGCGACCGUGCGGCUUUGGCGAAACAGAUCGUACACGAACGAAUUAACUAUCAAGUCGUUUAAUAACGCGUAACACGCCGCGAAUACGUAAAACAGACAUAAAAGGCACACGGUUAAAUAAAUAUAUCUGAACAUUUCGCGUGUCGGAAAACAAAAAAAAAAAAAAAAAAAAAAACCAACUGACGAUUUCACGUGUUCGAUAAUAUUGUACGGUUUACAGUCUGAUGCGGCGUGAAUUAAGCGAGCCCACCUACCAAACAGUACUUGUGUACGAUAAUAUAGUUGUACGUCAAGUGAACAAAACGCCUAUUACAGAAGUGACUGACAAUAGGCCCCGACCAAAAAAAAAAAAAACCACCGAUGACGGAAAUGUCGAUUAUGUUUAGGAAAAAAUUUUUUUUUAAAAAAACGGUGCACCUAUCGGAAUACACUUAUGAUAAUAUCAUUUCGUUAUGACUAUGUAUAAUAUUAUAUAUAAUCACACUUAACCUAAAUAACCGGUUAGUUUCGGUUCUAAACGAAAUACUGUAGGACGGACGGUACCUAUAUAUAUAUAUAUAUAUUAUAAGUCAAUAUAAACUGUUGACACUGAGCAACGCGCUCGUACACAUAAUAUUGUAUUAGACGAUGAGAACUGUAUAUAAUGCGUACAUUACAAGGAACAAACAAUAUUUAUUAUAAGAUACGGUUUUUAGACAAACACUCGUCGUGCGCACACUAGCUUAUCGCCAUGGUAAUAGUAUUAUCGCUAUCGGCAACGUUCGUAUAAAACUUUUGCUCGGGUAGUGAUCACUGUCACAUAUAGUCACGCAGUGACGCCGGACAUAUAUAUUAGAUGCAGUGGCUGCUACAUCUAAUUUAAUGGGAGGGUGUGUACUCUUUAGCAUUGAUAGUUCAGUAUGAGCUAUUGCACAUUACACUUUACAAUUAAUGCAAGGCAGCAGUAGACAUAAUAAUACAAAUAACGCGAACUAGUCUAUUCCUAGACUGCCGUGGCGUUACUGCAUUGUGAUUAUUGUGAUCACAUUAGUAAAAGCAGAAGUAGUAUGUAUUUGCCGAUUCUGGGACAACCCAUAUUUAACAGAGUUUGAACAGUAAAUUUUUAACAGAAUUUUAACAGUAAAUUUUUAACAAUAUUUAACAGAGAAAUAACAACAAACCUGACACGCUCCCCCGUGUGUUUACCCAUAUAAUAGUGAAUUGACACUAAUUUUUGGGUUUUAACUACUUUUUUAUAUCCUUAGGUAUAUAAAAAAAGAACGAGAAUUUCCAUUUAUUAUACAAAAAAAUGUCUAUCUUUUGUUUUGAAACUAGAUACAAGAUACCGGCGUUUUACCGGUACCCUCUAGUUUUUGUAUAUUUUAUUUUAUUUGCAAAAGAACAGAAUUGUACAUUCUCUUUCGAGCUAAUAUUUUUCUCUCUUGUUUUUAUAUUUUAUUGUUUGCAAAAGAAUAUCAUCUCUUGUUUUCAGACAGUAUGAAAGGUACCGGCGUUUUACCGGUACCCUAAACUUCUCUUGUUUUUAUAUUCUUUUAAAAAGGUACCGGCGUUUUACCGGUACCCUAAACUUUUGUUAUUUUUAUAUUCUUCUGAAAAGGUACCGGCGUUUUACCGGUACCCCUUAAAAGUGUACAUUCUCUCUUUUUUUUUUUUUUAUAUAUAAUAAAUGGAAAUUAAUAUUAUUAAGAAAAAACUAAACUCGAGCACCUUUAAGGAAUACAUAAAACUAAGAGACUUAGUACCAGACCAAAAAUACACUAUCGAUAAUUUCUGUAUUAUUACUUCUCAAUACGGACAUAUACACAAUUACGUGUUGUCGUGGAUAAAAUGUACUACUUAAAUUUACCAAACAGGUUUCUUAAAGACUUCUCAGAACAGGACUGUUAAAAGAUAAACGAGCAACAAGACAAAAUAACCAUGAUCUACAAAGGUUCUAAGUCUCUUUUAAACGGAAAAAUUACUCAUUUAAUUGAGUUUGAAUAAUUUUAACAUGUUUUUUAAUUUAUUUUUAAAUUUAAAAAAAAAAUAAUAAAAAUAGUAUAAUAAAUGAGAAUAAUAAAGACAAGAAACGGAUCCAUAAGGUUAGAAAAUCCCAUAUUUGGGGAAAAUUUAUUCGUUAGCGUUUUGGGUUUAAGCAUAACUUCAAAUCUAAUAAAUAUUGAGACAGGCUGUCUAUUAAAAGUUCAAGGAAAUAUAAUUAAUUUAAAAUCUGGAAAUUAUACUACACACGAAUUAAACACGAUUCUCACUCCUUUAAUUUUUUCUAUAGAAGAAGGUAAAAUUAAUAUUAAAUCCCUUUUUUUUUUUUUAAUCUAGAUAAAAAGUUGAACAAAUAUUUAGGUUUUGAUCCCGAAAAAGACAAUUACUUUAAUACAAUGAGAAACAAAUUUGUUGGAAAUUUCCCUUUAAAAUUCAUAAUACCUAACCCCAAAGAAGAACUUAUACAAAUUAACCAAGAAUGUAAAUUUGUUAUUGGGAAAAACGGACAUAUACCAUCGAAAACUUUAGCUAUUGGAUUGUAUUCUUUAAGUUCGUUAGAGAAAAUGUUCAAUAGUUACCCAGAGAAAAAUCCAAAUAAAUCCACAAAAUUCGAACUCGAAAAUAGACUAUUAAAAAUAUCCUCUCCUUUUAAUAUUGGAUUAGACUCAUAUUUAUCUGACUGUUUAGGCUUUGAAUAUAAAAUAGAAGAGAGCAAUGUUGCAAAAUAUUCAAUAUUAUUCGGUUAUAGGUGA